GGGCCGACCCCUCUCCUGAUUCGAAAUGCCGUCAAUCUUGAGCGACGACGACAAGGAGACUGUCAAGCGCUUCGUGCCCAAGAAAACCAACAAGAUCCAUGCUGUUGCCGUUGCCAGGCUCUACAUAGCCUAUCCCAACAGGUCAAAAUGGACAUACACCGGCCUGCAAGGCGCCGUCGUGCUGGCCAAUGACCUUGUCGGCAACACGUUCUGGAUCAAGAUGGUGGAUAUUUCGCCCGGGAACCGAGGAGUAAUAUGGGAUCAGGAGAUUUUCGAGAAUUGGAGGUACAGCCAGGAUCGCGUCUUCUUCCACACUUUUGAGUUGGAAGAGUGCCUCGCUGGAUUGUCGUUUGUGGAUGAGAAGGAAGCGAAGCAGUUCCUGAAGAAGAUGAACGAGCGGGAGGAGAAUGCAAGCAAGGCCACCAAGAAAACACGCUUCGGGGGCCCGGCACCCGGCGCCAGUCACCACAAGCACCAUGGAAUACUCGGCGGCAUAUUCGGAGGCCAUCGACAUUCGUCAGCCCCCACGCCACCCGAGUCACCGCGUGCGUCCGCCCCGGUAAGGGACAGCCGUUCCGGUAGCAUCAAUGGCCAUCAUAACAGAGCAUCGCAAUCAGAUUUCGCUGAACUGGAUGCCUUUGAUCCUCAGUGGAGGGAGAAUUUCGGAGACGACCUGAAAUCCAAGGGCUUGACUGAUGACUUUAUUCGCGACAACCAAGAUUUCAUUAUCAGUUUCCUCAAGGAGCAGCAGGAAUUGCAGAGCAAGCAGGCUGUGUCAGCGCCUCACCCACCACCCCCUCCACCUCCGGUCAAUGGAUCCAGCCCAGCACUGAGAGCACCCCCGCCUCCACCACCGGCGGCAGCUCAGCGUUCAGUUUCCGAGACAAUAGCGGCACCUCCGCCUCCAAAGAGAGGGCCAGCUCCUCCGCCACCCCCAGCCCCGAGGAGGUCUGCCAGGUCCGAGACGCCGGAACACCGCGAACCGACACCGCCCCGAGACUCUCCACCCCCUCCUGCCCGGCCUCGAUUCGCUGUUCCUCCACCCAUUGCUGAUGCCGGCAAAUUCGCACGGGCCGAGCCUUCUCGCGCGGCACCGUCGACCUCCGCAGCCGGGCCACCGCCCCCGCCCCGGCCGCCAAAGACGCCGAUCGAUGAUGCGGAGCCCGCUCAAAAGUAUGGUGUGCCCCCGCCCUUUACCGGCCAACGCAGCGUGCCUCCCCCACCGCCUAGCCGCGGUCAUGCUCCUCCUCCACCACCGUCUAGGCAGCCAGCGCAAACACACGCCCCAGCUGCAGCACCACCUCCGCUGCCUCCCAAGGCCCCGGUAUCGAGCGCUCCGCCAAUUCCGCCGAUGAGCUCUCGGCCGCCUCCUACUCUACCAGUUAGGAGUCCCGCUGCUGCUCCGCCGCCGCCGCCCCCAUUGCCAUCCUCUCACGCACCCCCCGCUCCACCAUUACCCUCAUCCAGCGGGCCGCCGCCUCCACCACUCCCCGCUUCCAGCGCUCCGCCUCCUCCUCCGCCGGCCCCGCCGCUGCCAACAGCGAGCGCGCCUCCCCCUCCGCCGCCUCUCCCUCCAGUUUCGGGCGGCGGCGCACCACCACCUGCCCCGCCCCCGCCGCCACCCCCUCCGGGUCCCGGGGGGAUCAGCGGCAUCCCGCCUCCGCCUCCGCCUCCCCCUCUGCCGGGAGUUGGAGCAGCAGGCAUGCCACCCCCGCCGCCACCACCGCCUCCCCCGAACCGCGACUCGGGCUACUCAUCCAGCGCGCCUGCGGCGGCUGCUGCCAUUCCAUCAAUCGAUCCCGGCCGUGCCGCCGUGCUGGAUAGCAUCCGUGGAGCGGGGGGCAUCGCGGCGCUCAAAAAGGUCGACCGUAGCCAGAUCCGCGACCGCAGCGCUGCCCUUGUUCCAGGCGGCGGGGGAGGAAGCGAUACAGGUCCGCACGGCAGCGGCCUGCCGCCUGCGGGCGUCGCGCCCUCUGGAGGAGGAGGCAUGGCGGAUGCGCUGGCUGCUGCGUUGCAGAAGAGGAAGGAGAAAGUUAGUGGUAGUGAUGAUGAGGACGAUGACGACGAUUGGUGA